AUAAUCUUUUCAAAAUAAUGCGCAUUUCUGUAGUUGCAAUUUCCGCCACGAUGGAGCGCCGCUGUUGUUGUUGUCGUGAUGUAAACGUCAAAUGUCAGUGCAAAAAGAAAAAAUCGUUUUACAUUGUUUAUUUGAAAAAGUAUGUGUUAAUAACUGAGUGAAAAUAGAUUUCCACUGAUACAAUAAUGUUAAUAACGCGUUUUUGAAACCGAAAGUGUCGCAGUUUUAUUUAAAGUCAUGGCACCGCCCCCUGUUGUAACAGGGUUAAGCCCCAACGAGGGCCUUCCAGGGACACGAAUUACAAUAAGAGGCGAGAAUUUCGGGUCUAAACCCACGGAUCUCAUCGGGUUGACAAUUUGUGGGUUUGAUUGUCUCCUGUCGGCUGAAUGGAAGUCUCCUAAUAAAAUUAUCGCAAUAUCGGGACCCGUGAAAGGUAAAGGCGAAGUCAUUGUAGCCACCAGAUUGGGAGGAAUUGGGACAUGCAAUGUGACAUUUAAAGGUUACCAUGAGACUAUUGGUCCAAUGAAAGAAAGUGCGGUUUGGGUUGAAGAAACAACACCUUUGUUUGUCUGGGGGCGCCACUCCUUGUCACCCAGCAGCUACCAACAAGAAGACCCAUUAGGUUUGUCUGUAGAAGGCAAUGAUAAAAAAUUUCCAGAGGAAGACUUAAUGUCUUAUUUUCCUGAAAAGUCAGGAGAUAUUGCGGCCAAUAACUUUUCAGCUGGAUGGUUCCUUUUGGAAAACCACCAUGCUACGUCCUUUAAUGAUCUACAGGCAGGUUUACUUCAUUUGAGGAGAAAGGUCGAAGGACAAAAGGAAGGACAAUUGUCCUUUUUAAAAGCAAAUAUAGGGUCCGUUAUGGAUCAAGUCGAUACUUUAGUGAAUUUAAAAGAAAAGCUAGAGGGCGAUGUGUCAAAGUUUGGGAGUGAACCUACGUUAAAAUUAGAGAAAUCUAUCAAAGAAUCUGAACGAGAAGGUCGUAAAUUGUUCGACGACGUGUUAGCAAGGCGAGAUCGGGCAGAGAAAACGCGCAACGCUUUAAAUGUAUUGGCCAGGUUUAGGUUCUUAUUCUGUUUGCCGUGUGUGAUCGACAGAAAUAUCAAAAAGGGUGAAUAUGACAUUGUUAUCAACGACUACAUAAGAGUAAAAAAUUUAUUCAAUAAAACUGAUGUGCCUAUAUUCAAGUCUGCACUUAAUGAAGUCGAAAAACGAAUAAAAGAUCUUCAAAAGAAGCUGCAUACAGAUUUGCAAACCAUGCCAAUAACAGUAGAACAACAAAAACGCUUAAUUAGAUACUUAGUAAACUUAGACUGCCCAUACGACCCAGCUUGGGACGCAAUUAAAAGUCGUUCUGAUUUUAUUAACGAAAAAAUUAAACAGAUUUACAACUUCCAUAAUACGGUGGAUAAGCCUGAUACCAAAUCAAAGUCGAAUACGUCGAAGUACUCCAAAUACAACCCUCCACCGGUAACGGACUUGAAUACGGUUCCAGCAAAUGUUAAUUUUAUAGAUGAAAUAUGUAUAAGCGUUUCAGAAACUUUUCCCGAUUUGUGGAAAAUAGGACAGGCGUAUUUUUCAGGCGAGUUAAGAGUCAAAGUGGAAGCUGGUCGCCAUGUUGAAUUUAAACAUAUAGUCAUGACAAUAAUGGAAUGCUUUUGCAAGUCAAUACGAUCUUCACUUAUACCAAAUACUCUAGAUAAAAGUGAUAAAAAUACUUUUGGAACUUGGACAAUACCCGAACUGGAAGAAGUUGCUCCAUUUUUACCCGAAAUCUUAAGAUGUGUUAGAUCCACGUACAUCGCUUUAAUUAAAUUAGAUUUGCCAAGUGAAGCCUUAGAUAUUAUUUCGGCACUACUUUUAGAUUUGAGAAUACACUGUAUGAGUACUUUAUUUAAACAAGCGGCCGAGCAAAUUAAGCAACUUGACGAAAAUUGGAAGAUUGAUUUUAGUGGGGAUCAUAUAGGAAUUACAGAACUGCCAAUUAAAUUCGAGUGUAUCAUCCAAGAUGUCAUCCAAAUAGUCAAAGAGUCGGUUUUAUCGACAGAACAGCGGGAAACUGCACUUUUAGCUAAUCCAGCUGCGCAUAAAGAAUUAGAUAAACAAAUAGAAGCGGUGUUAAUGUCGUUUCAUAACGUUUUAAAUAACUUAUCAUCGGAUGAGGGAAGUGACGACGACGAAGAUAAUUCACCUGUUGUCUCACAAUUAAUCGGAACACCUGUUAAUGGUUACAAAUCAAAUUAUACGAAUAGUAACACACCUGUGUGGGAGCAUAGAUUAUUAAUAACACUUUCUAAUUGUCUAUAUACGAAAAACGUAGUUUUUACUAAUAUUAUUAAGAAAUUCAAGGAGAGCGGCUUUCCAAUUCCAGAAGGGCCAGUACAUAACGCUAAAAGCAAAUUAGAUAUUUUAGAAAAAUCAAUAUUAGAAAAAUAUUUGGAGCAAAAGAGUGAUCCCUUAGUUGGAACAAUUGAACCGUCGAUGUAUUUAGGCCGUUUUGAUUGGGAUCUCGACAUCACACCAAAUAACAUAAGACCCUACGCUAAAGAAUGUAUAAACAAUGUUAUUCAUGUUCAUUCAGAAGUCAAUAGCAUUUCGUCUUCUUUACUAGAAAGUGUACUUCCUCAAGUGGUAUUAACUAUCGCUGAAGAACUGUAUAGAUUAAUGUCUUGUGUUCAAAAAUUUAGUAAAGGUGGAGCACAACAAGCUAGAGCUGAUAUUAGUGCUCUACAAAUAUUUUUUGACCACUACUCUACACAUAAAGCUAGAAGCUACUUCCAAGAAGCUUUGGAUAUAAUUCCUCCUUUGGAAAAUUCUGAUUCGACUGUUGUUCAGGAUAUUCUGAGACAGUGCAAGGCCAGGAUGAGAAUACAACUACUUUGUUUAACAUCUCAAGCCAACGGGCCAGUGACUAAAAGAUCUCAUUAACUCCUGACAAGCUUAGUGUAACUGUGAUUCUAUUGUUGCUCAUUACUACUCUUUUAUAAAUCCAGUUUCCCUUUGUUUUGAGUAAUGUACACUAUGUAUAAAUUAUAAAAUAUUUGUAUAUAAAGUAAGGAUGCCUUGUAGAUGAAGUAAUAAUCAUUAUUUUUUGUUUUAAUUGAUUCACGUUUUGUGAUAUUUUGUAAUGAGUUAACUGUACAAAAUAUUUUUGUUACUGUCUUAUUUGUUUUAAUUAACUGUGGUUAAUAUAUUUUCAUUUAUGUAUUUUUAGAAUGUACAAUAAUUUUGUGUAAAAUAUCAGAUUAA